AUGAAUCAUUUAUAUAAAAAAAUCUUUGGAUUUGAUAUAUUAAAUCGAUGUGGUAUUAAUGGAAUUGAUAGUAGUAAUUCAGCCGAUGUAUUUAAGGCAUUUAUUAAAUACCUUGAUGAAAACUAUCCAAUUGGUGGAAUGGAGGAUAUACCAAAAACAAGUUUAUUUCCAGAGAUGUCAAAACAAGGUAUUUAUACUUCAUCUAUGAAACCAAUUGAAAAUGGUAAAUGGAUGUACGAACUUACACCAUCAAGAACAUCAGUUAGAUUUGGGUGGGCAAUUUGCAGUACUCUUGAUAACAGUUUAGGAACAUUACUACCAAAAGAUUAUAAGGUUAUAGAUUCAUCAUCAAAGAAAUUUUCAAUUCCAAGACCUGAUGGUAUGAUAUUUGGUUGCUCAAUCAAUGUGGAUGAAAAUUCUGUAGUAUUUUACUCUAAUGGCCAUGAAAUUCAUCGAAAUGAUCUCCAUAAGAAAAAUGCAGAUGGCCAUUAUUCAAAUAAACUUAUUAAUGAUGGUGGAAAAACUACAACUGAUGGUGGUAAAAUAUUUUAUAUACCGUAUAUUGCCAUAGAAACCUCUUUAGCUCAACCAAAUUUUGGUGGUCGUCCAUUCUCUUUUAAAAUCAAUGAUUUCAAACCAAUCAUCUCUGAAAAUUUACAAAAAUCAAAAAGAACAUCAUAUUUAAUUUCAGUUUUUUUUUCAGUUAUACAAUCAAAAUUAGUAUUAGAAUCAACAUAUAAUGAAAUAUUAUUAUGGUUAACACCAAUAAUAUUUUCAAAUUUAACAUUAUAUACAAUUCAAUCCCUUUUAAUGAAAACACUAUACAGAAACAUUGGUUUAGUUGAUGAUUUUAUUGAGGCAUUAAAAUCAAAUUUAGUUCCUGUUUUGUUUAUUCAAAUAAUGAAACAAAUAUUUUCAAUUCUUACUUUAGAUUGUAGACCAAUUCCAAAUCAUUCAACUAAACCUUUAAAAAUAUUUUUAAAAUUAUUACAAAAUGAAAUUACUCUUCAAUUUUUUAUUUCAGAAGAAAAUAAUAUUUUAAUUUUAAAUUAUGUUUUUGCAAGGGAAACUGUUGUUGCAACUGAAGAUAAUGUUUAUUCAAGAGAAAAUAGAAAACCAAUUGAAUUUGAUAGAAAUAGAGAAAGAUACGAAAUUCAAAAAAAAAUAUUUAAUUAUUGUUUAAAAUCAAAUUUAUCAGAUUUAGUAAAGAUUUGGUUAGCAAAGAUUAUUAAAGUAGACCUUAGCCAUGAAAUAGAAAAAGCAAAAGGUAAUUCUGUAGAAAGAUUUACUUUUCCAUUUCUCUUCAAUUUAUUCAAUCUCUUAUCAGAAUAUUUAGAACCAUCAUUAAUAGACUCUAGACAGGUUGACCGUUUACCAUUAGAAUUACUUUAUAGAGAAAAGUUUGACCAACCAAAUAGACAAAGACUUGGUGGUGUUUUAAGUCAUCUUUUAAAGAAUAAAGAGGCCAUUGAAUCAUUUGAAAUCGAAUCAAUUAAACAUAAAGAAGAUGUAGAUAAUAUUUUAGAUCCAGAUUUUAUUGUUCUCUUUGAACAUUUAAUAAAUAUCUUUGAUCUCAGUAUUUGCAGACAAAUUUCAAAAUUAGAUUCAUUACCACUUCAACUAAUCGAAACAUUUUUAACUUAUUUAGAACCUGAUGUAUAUCAAGGUUUGUGUACCAUUGAAAGAUUAAAAAUUCGAUCCAUCAAAAAAGAAUUAAAUGAAGAGUUAAUAUCAACAGAUUAUGUUUGGUUAGUUUUCUCAUUUAUGGUCAGAUAUAUAAAUAGAAUUAUAUUAAAUCCAAAUUAUGAAUAUAUCUAUUUCAUUUACGAUUAUUAUUUAAACAAUUGUAUAACAAUUUUCAAUUAUUUUGCGGAAAACAACCUAUCCUUAUUAUUAUCAGCAUCAAAUCUUAAAACCACUGCCACCUUUUUAACAAUUCUUUUCAAAUUGAACAACCAUGUAGUAGAUAGAACUACCUCAAAUCUUAUUUCAACUACAAUCAUAGAAUUACUCUACAUUAAAAAUAUAUUGGUUAUGAUGCACAAUUUACCAUCUUUCCCAACAAUGAUAAAGAAUUUACUCCUCAAAUUGGACGAACCAGAUAUUGUAAUUUUCACUCUUCUUUUUGAUUCAUCUCUUCCACCAUUCUUAAACGAAAUUGAAAAAAUAUUUCAAGAAAAUGGUAUUUUCCUUUUAAAAUUAUUAAAAUGUUUAUACUCGCAAAUACCACAAUCUAAAAAGAAUUCAAUUGCUUCUUCUCAAAUAAAUUUAUUAUCAUAUUUAAGUAAAAAUAUGUCACAUUUAAUUUUAGAAGAUGAAACAUUUUUAUUUAUUACAGGUCAGUUUUAUUUAUAUAUCUUUGAAAAGAUUAAUAUGGGAAAUGAUAUUGAAAAAGAGUUUUAUACAAAUAUAUUUUAUCAAUUAUUACCAUCAAUUUAUUUCUUUUCAAUAUAUAAACCACAAAAUUCAAAUUUAUCAUUUUCAAAAUCAAUCGACUACAAUAACAAAAUUGAUAAUUUAAUAAAGCUUUUAGAGAAUAUAGAUGAAAAUAAUCAAAAUUUUAUUAUUAAUUUACAAUUACAACAAAAACAAAAGCAACAACAACAGCAACAACAACAACAACAGCAGCAACAACAACAACAGCAACAACAAAGACAUGGCCAAUCAAAUCCAGAUCAAAAUCAAGAUCAACAACGUUAUCCUCAUCAAGACUCUGAUGAUCCAGGUUCAUUCUCUUUUGACUAUAGUGACGUAUUUGGUUUAAAUAUUAGAUUAGAUAAAUCUUAUAAAAAUAUCAACUAUAGAAAUAUAAUUAUUAGAAUCGACCACGAAAAGAAACAAAAGUUAAUAGAAUUUUUCAAAGCAUUACCAAAUGAAAAUAGUGAUCAAAACAAUGACAACUUGUGCUCCAUCUGUUAUGCAUAUGAAAAAGAUACUGAAUUCCUUCCAUGUAAACAUAGAUCUUGCCAUCAUUGUAUUACUCUUCACUUACUAUCAAAUGCUACCUGUUUCUUUUGUAGAGUUAAAAUUGACCAAUUUAAUUUAAUUGUAAAUAACAACGACAAUAACGAUGAAGAUGAAAAUAAUGAAGAUAAAGAAGAAGGAGAUAACAACAAUAAUAAUAAUAACAAUAACGAUGAAGAUGAAAAUAAUGAAGAAAACAGUUACCAAAAGACAAUUCAUCAACAACUUUCAAAACAAUUAAAUAUUAACAAAAACAAUCCAAUUAAUUAAUCAAUUUUUUCCUCCUUUUUUUUUUUUUGUAAAUUUAGAAAAAAAUAAAAUAAAGUAGUAUAAAUAUAUUAUUUUU